GCCGCGAUGUCGGCGCAGAGCCUGCUGAGCAGCGUCUUCUCCUGCUCCUCCUCGGCCGCCGCCGCCCCCGCCGCCGCCAAGAGCCUCUCCAAGCGGAGGCUCCGCCAGACGCGCAGCCUCGACCCCGCCAUCAUCGGCGGCGGGCGGGAGGACGGCGAGGGCGCGGGGCGGGCGCCGCGGGCGCGGGCGGCCGGCAGCCCCCUCGGGGAGCGCUGCGGUCCCCGGGGCGCCCCGCCGCCCCACGGCGCCUCCUUCUCCACCCCCAGCACCCCGCUGGAGCGGUCGCCGCCGGGCAGCGCGGUCUUCGACGAGGAGACUCUCCGCGGGAAGCGGAGCCCCGGCUGCGAGGUGCCCUUCCUUGCGCGCACCCCCUCGGCCCUGGCGCUGAGCGGCCCCGCCAACAGCAUCUUCUCCUCGCCCCGGCGCUGGCUGCAACAGAGGAAGGGGCAGCCCUCGCCGCCCGAGCCUCGCCCCGCCGCCUACGUCGUGUGGAAGUCCGAGGGUGAUUUCACUUGGAACAGCAUGUCAGGGCGCAGUGUUCGGCUGAAGUCAGUUCCCGUUCAAAGCCUCUCGGAGCUGGAGCGUGCUCGGCUGCAGGAAGUGGCUUUUUAUCAGUUGCAGCAGGACUGUGACCUGGGCUGUCAGAUUACUAUCCCCAAAGAUGGACAAAAGAGGAAGAAAUCAUUAAGAAAGAAACUGGACUCUUUAGGAAAGGAGAAGAACAGAGACAAAGAAUUUAUUCCCCAGGCUUUUGGAAUGCCUUUGUCCCAAGUGAUUGCUAAUGACCGGGCCUACAAGCUCAAGCAAGACUCUCAGAGAGAAGAGCAAAAAGAUGUUUCAGAUUUUGUGGCCUUUCUUUUGCCAUUUGGAACUAAAAGACAGAACAAAGAACUUUCAAGCAGUAACUCAUCUCUUAGCUCAACCUCAGAAACACCAAAUGAAUCCACUUCUCCUAACACACCUGAGCCAGCGCCACGAGCAAGGAGGCGUGGUGCAAUGUCUGUGGACUCUAUUACAGAUCUUGAUGACAAUCAGUCACGAUUGUUGGAGGCUCUACAGCUGUCUUUGCCAGCAGAAGCCCAGAGCAAGAAAGAAAAAGCAAGAGAUAAGAAACUAAGCCUGAACCCUAUUUACAGGCAGGUUCCCCGGCUUGUAGAUAGUUGCUGCCAGCACUUGGAAAAGCAUGGUCUCCAGACAGUAGGAAUAUUCAGAGUUGGAAGCUCAAAAAAGAGAGUACGACAGUUACGUGAAGAGUUUGACCGAGGCAUAGAUGUUGUAUUAGAUGAAGAGCACAGCAUUCAUGAUGUUGCUGCUUUGUUAAAGGAAUUUCUGCGUGACAUGCCUGACCCGCUUCUCACCAGAGAACUUUAUACACCUUUCAUCAAUACUCUCUUAUUAGAGCCAGAUGAACAGCUAAGCACCUUACAGCUUCUCAUUUAUCUUCUACCUCCUUGUAACUGCGAUACCCUACACCGGCUGCUGCAGUUCCUCUCCACAGUGGCUGGCCAUGCAGAAGACACCAGAGACAAAGAUGGCCAAGAGAUUACUGGGAACAAAAUGACAUCACUUAACCUGGCUACCAUCUUUGGCCCUAACUUGUUGCACAAGCAGAAAUCUACAGACAAAGAAUUCUCAGUUCAGAGCUCAGCUCGAGCUGAAGAGAGUACUGCUAUCAUAGCUGUCGUACAAAAGAUGAUUGAAAACUAUGAAGCCCUUUUCAUGGUUUCCCCUGAUCUACAGAAUGAAGUGCUUAUCAGCUUAUUAGAGACUGACCCAGAUGUUGUGGACUAUUUGUUGAGGAGGAAAGCUUCCCAGUCAUCGAGCCCUGAGAUGAUGCGGUCAGAAGGUUCCUACUCCGCAGGAGAAAGACAUUCUUCCACAGACUCCAACAAAGCUUCAAGUGGCGAUGUCUCCCCAUAUGACAACAACUCCCCGGUACUGUCUGAGCGCUCGCUGCUGGCAUCACAAGAAGAAGUUGCUCGCAGCCCAGAUAAGCUGUACAAGGUACCUGAGCAGUACAUGCUGGUUGGACACUUGCAACCUAAGCCGAAGGAGAAUUCUUCUGCAUCACAGGCUGGAAAAGAUGUUUCUGAAGAUCAUUUUGAUAUCUGGGGUACUUGGCAUUCAACGCUGAAAAGUGGCUGCAAAGAUCCAGCAAUGACAGGUUCUUACGGCAACAUUUAUGAAAGCACCUUGCUGCGACCCGGACAGUGCUCUCUUUCCCAAGGGAACCUCGCCAUGUAUUCUCCUCGGUGGCAGGGCAGCUCCUCGGAAUUGGACAGCAGCAGGCAGGUCAUGCGAAGGAGCCAAACGACAGCUGCCAUUCCCGAGUGUCAGCUCCAUCCCAUGGUGUCCCGUGUGUGCAGUAACGCACAAACUGAAGUUGGCAGCAGGAGUUCAGACCUGUCACACUCAAAGUCGGAGCAGCACUUGACUUUAAGCAGUGUGGAGGACCUCAGUGAGCGUGACUCGAACGCGGGUUGUUUGCAAAGCACAGCCAAGCCGUCCUACAGAAAAGAGCGCCCACCACCCCCCUACCCAGGCCCAGCAAAACCAAGCCCUGCUUCGUCACAGCAGUCAAGUGUUUCUUCAACGUUGCACUCUCUGUGGAGACUUCAACGCCCAGAAAAAGGUUCAGGGCCGAGAGCAACUGGAGGGCCACCAGCCAGAGCCCCUGACCAGGCCACCUCCAGGCAGGAGCGGCCGGCCCCGCACACACAAGCGGGUCACACCUGUUCCACAGCACCUCACAGUCAGAACAGUAAAAGUGUUUCAGAGGCGGACUGGAAUGAGUGGCAAAGGGAGAGGUGGCAAAUUUGGGAGCUCUUAUCAGCCGAUAACCCUGAUGCUCUCCCAGAAACCCUUGUAUGAUCUGACUCUGCAGAGCUGCCAUUCAUACCUGUGCCUCCGUUUCAUAGGAAAACAGUGGUGACAUUGGAAAACAGGGAGGGCUUGUUUGUUUUAUAUCAGCUGAAUUGCAUAUACUUUUUUAAAACUUUGUUCACUUUAAUUUUGUAACAGCACUGUCAAGCAGUUACUUUACAAAUACAGUAUGUUCCUGUUUUUCAGCAAACUUUUGGAAAAAAAAACAAGAUGAAAAUUUUAGUGUAAUAACUGUAUGCAUAUGCUGUGUAUAAGAUAAAACUGUUGCUUUGAUGUUGCUAAAAAUGUAUUUAUAUAUCUGCAGUUUUGAUGAUUGUAUAUUCUGUAAUGGGUAUUGUAUGAUAAUCAUAUAUUAUGUUUUCAUAUACAGAUGUCAAUCAAUCAUGACUGCUUUUUUUUAAAAUCACUGCACUUACAUUACCGUGGUAUGCAUUGGAAUUCUAUAGAAAGUGCACAAGCUGGUUUCUGUGCUUAUAUAUAUAUAUAUAUAUAUAUAUAAAAAAAAAAAGCUGUUAAAGGGGAAAGUUGUCCUUCUUUUCACUGCCUAUUGAAAAACACUAAAAUAGAGUGGAACAUGAAAAGCCAUAUAUUUUAUAAGGGUAGUAGUGAACUUAGAGGGGAAAAUACCGAAUAUUUUUUUCUUAUAAAUAUGUUUUCAAAAAAAUUUAAAAUUCGGUACAAGAUUGUAAAAGUAUUUCUUUAGAUUCUGGUAGGAAGCAACUCACAGAAUCAGCUAAGAGCAACAUCAUGCCUAAACCAACUAAGGAUGUAGUGCAAAGGUCUGCCCUCCCAUUUUAAAGGAAACCCAAUGUUAUAUAUACAGGAUAUAAUAUAUAUAUUUAUAAAUGUAUGAUGUUAUGUAUUGUUCUAAAACAAUAAACUGGAAUCCAAAUUUUAGAAAACCAAACCCCAUAAAUUCAGAUGUGUAACAUCUGAGAAGGAAUAUGGCUUUUCCUUUGAAAUAACAAAGCUCCAGCAUUAAGAGUUAGAGAAGGGAAAAAAAAUGCAGGCAGACAUACUAAAGGGAGUCAAGCAGAGUUUCAGAAAUGAACAUGUGGUUUGGAGAAGCUCACAACUGCGUUUCUAUAAAUAUUGUGCCAAAGUCUGGGUCAGUAAUACUUCCUCAGUACCUGUAUGUUGCAUUGUUAAUGUUGCUGUUUUAUACACGUUGUGGUGUUUUUAAGUUGCAGAACGGUUUGUGACCAGCAGGUGGCAAUGUGCCGCAGUAUUCUAGAGAAAAUCCUUAUUAACACUCGAUAAGGGAAAAUGUAUCAUAUAAAAGAAUUUUAUAAAACAUAUUAGUCUUAAUUUUAAUGAAGUUGAAGACAUAUCCAGUAAUGUUGUCUUUAAGUUCUAUCUUGUGCCAUAAUGAUGGAAUAAAAAGCUAAGUAAAACAACGAGCAUAUUUUUUGCUCCUUUUUUUGAAGUAAGGUUUAUGGGGAAAAUAAUGUGUUUUUAUUGCAUUCUUAGUAUCUCUGUCAAAAAACAUGUAAAAGGCUUAGGAGCUUAAGGACCACCUUCAACUGCUACUUAAAUAUACAAGAUCCAAGGUUUUAUUUCAGUUUGAGGCUUAAAAUCCAUCAUAUAAAGUGUCUACCCAUCAUGUCUCCAUUUCCUCUCAUAUCUCCAUUUCUCAAAUAAAGUUACAAGAUAAAAACACCAAGCCAAGUAGAAAGGGGCAGGAUUUGGCCUUUGGCUGU